AUGGUAUCUAAAAUCGGCAUCUUCCGCAACUAUCUAAAUGCGGUUUUGUGUACUGGGCCCACAAUUGCGACGUCCACGUACCCGCCGUGGAGACGUGAAUAUCCAGCAGAACAACCAGAACAACCGCGACCACAGUAUCCCGUGAGACAACUGGGACAACAGAGGCCAGAAUAUCCACCAGUACAGCCUGCACGAAGGCCAGAUUAUCCUGCGAUACGGCCAGAACAACCUCCACCACCACCUCCGAUACCUCCGCUACCACCGCAACCGGAUCCUUAUGAGCUGCGGCGCCAAAUGGAGGAGGAGCGUCGUCGACGGAUUCAGGAACAGUACAUUCGACAACGAGAGCAUCUGAAGGCGCUUGCGUACGAAAGAGAAAAG